AUGAGAUUCGGCCCCCGAUUUAUCAGACAUCGAGUCAUCACGAACGGAACUCUCACCCCUUCUGCCGUAUCCGUCCCGGCCACAGAGCUAGAACAUGAACACUCCAUCCUUUCAUUCCGUGUCAAAGAGGCCAUUGAUAGUGAAAAGGCCUGUUAUCCAUAUGACAGUGUUGUACACACUGUACUCAUACUUUGUCAAGAUUUCCCGCGGGAAACCCACCCUCGUCCUGGCGACACCAACAUCAGCAUUCAUGCCCGCGGAAAGAGUUAUCUGUCAACGAUUGAUUCCAAACAGCAACCCUGCGAGAAAAGGCAAAAGAUGCAGCAGGAAACCCCAAAUGGACGACCAUAUAGAUCUCACCUUCGACCGGCAUGUAUUCCCUGUCGGAAGCGCAAAUCCCGCUGCCAGUCCGAGGAAUCAAGCGAAGCUUGUCUUAUGUGCCGGGCCCAUCGCACUGAGUGUGUGUUUCCCCCGGAAUCUGGAGUAAAUCAGUCAUCAACCCCCAAACCAAGGCGACGGGCAAAACGAGAUUCUCGCGCCUCGCUUGCUAGAGCUCCACACGACAGUAGCACUGUCCCGGGACGACCUGUGUCGGUGCUUGUUGACUCUGUCAUUGAGCAGUCCACAAUAAGUAUAGCAGCAGACCCAAUACCAACAUCAACUCGUGGAUCUAUCCGUGAUACAACUACAAGAAACGCAGCACCGGUUAUCUCAUCAUUGGCGUCGAGAAGCACAGAGUGGCCCCAACAAGAUGCUCAACCCGAGGAGUCGCCACUGGCACUGGGAUCCAACGACGAACAACAGCAUAAUCUUCAUAUAGUUGGACCAACAGUGACAUCCGAUAACCAAGUAUUAUCAGACUACCUGUCUGCGAUGCCUAGCUCAACAAGAGGGUCGCGAAUCGUGAGACCAGUUCCGGCAAACAUAUCUCGGCCUGUCCUAUUCACCAUGGUCCAGAAGCGACCGGUAGGAUUGGACUCAAAUCGCACUUUUCCAGAGGAAAGACUUCAAUUGAUUGAAAAGAUACUAGAGCCUUUUGCCAGUGAUGUUCUAGACGUUUAUUUCGAAAAGGUCAACUCAUCCUUCCCAUUACUCGAUGAAGUACAUUUCCGCAAACAGUACAGAGAGAAAAAAGAAGGCAUAUCUCCAGCGCUACUCAGUUGUCUAUACGCCCACGCUGUAAUCUUCUGGAACAGCUCCCCUGUCCUGGCUCGUCACAGGUGUCCUGAUGGACGCUUUAUCUGGAAUCUUGCUACCGAAGCCAUAUACUCACAAAUACAUAGAUCUCCUGGCUUAUCUGUGAUUGAGGCUGCCAUCUUGAAUAUUGGUGGGCGCGAGGUGACUUCCCUCAUUGGUAACGGCGUUUUGUUCGCCUCCUCAAUCGCAAUGGCGCAUUCGUUAGGCCUAAAUCACAGCCCAACACCAUGGGAGAUUCCACAAUCCGAGAAGAACCUACGGAUGAGAAUUUGGUGGGCACUUUUGAUUCAUGAUAAGUGGUUAAGCUUGGCACAUGGAACACCUCCCAUCAUCUCCAAAAGUCUGAACGACGUGCCUAAGCCGCUCGCGGAGAACCUCUGCGAAGAAGGCGCUUCUUCAGACAGAAUGCUCAAGGCCACCGUAUAUAUCGCUCUCGUGGGGCUGACAGACAUCUUGGACUUGCAUUUGAGGCAUGUCCAUCGGCUCAGAAACGCGGACGAACCUAGAGCCACGACGCACCUGGAGCUGGCACUAAAUAGUUGGGUUGAAGAUCUAGGUGAUGACAUCCGUCGGGUCGUAAUUCGUGGCACGAAUCUGGCAAUGCCUGGCGCAGCAAACCUACGCUUGUCGUAUUUGACCGUCAGGUUAUUAUCCCAGAGAAUUGAGCUCGAAGCAGAGAAGCGCAUCCGUGAGGCUAGCGAUAGCCGCCUUCUGAAUCUCUACAUGCAAGCUCGAAGAACCGCAGAAGAUAUCCUCAUUCUAGUGCAGGAGUUGCAAGCAGAACAUCUAGCCGACUUUUGGCUUCCAAGCAGCGCCUUUGCCCUCUCCACGACGGUUAGCUUCCUUCUCCGAUGCGCUCUAGAGACAGAGAACUCUACUUCAGGGCUCGUUCAAAGCUCUUCGUUAAAGAUUGCUUCCGACCUCUUAUCUACUCUUCGCUCGCACAAGGAGAAACAUGCUUGGGACCUUGGCGAUAUCUGUUUGGCUCAACAUACCGAAGUUGUGGAAAAGCUUCUGGCAAUUAUCCCACCCGAAGAUCCAAGUGCAGAGGAACCGCAGGAUUUUUCGAGUUUCUUUAUGUCUGAUGAUGCUUUUCUUGAUCAAUUGUUUCCGAGCCUGUGGGAUCCGUUGCAGAAUGUCUGGUAG